AUGGCCCGGGCUGCGCGCAUCCUCGCCUGUCUCCUCACGGGUCACCUGCUGGGACUGUGGACCGGCGGCCACACGGCAGAUACCGCGUACCCCCGGCUGCGUUUGUCACAUAAAGAGCUCUUGGAGCGGAACAGAACGUCCAUCUUCCUCAGCCCUUUUGGCUUUCUUGACCUCCAGACAAUGCUGCUGGAUGAGUAUCAGGAACGGCUGUUCGUGGGCGGCAGGGACCUCCUGUACUCACUCAGCUUGGAACGGAUCGCGGAUGGCUACAGAGAGAUACACUGGCCGAGUUCAGCACUGAAAAUAGAAGAAUGCAUAAUGAAAGGAAAAGAUGCAAGUGAGUGUGCAAACUACGUGAGGGUUUUGCACCACUAUAACAGGACACACCUUCUGACCUGCGGCACCGGAGCCUUUGACCCCCUGUGCGCCUUCGUCAGGGUUGGGUACCACUCAGAGGACACCCGGUUUCACCUGGAGUCGCACCGCUUUGAACGAGGAAGGGGCAGGUGCCCAUACGACCCCGGCUCCUCCUUCACCUCCACUCUCAUUGGCAGCGAGCUGUUCACAGGGCUCUACAGCGACUACUGGGGCAGAGAUGCUGCCAUCUUCCGGAGCCUCGGCCGGUUGGGCCCGCUCCGCACGGAGCACGACGACGAGCGCCUGCUGAAGGAACCAAAAUUUGUGGGUUCAUACAUGGUCCCUGACAAUGAAGAUCGCGAUGACAACAAGGUCUAUUUCUUCUUCACUGAGAAGGCCCUGGAAGCAGAGAACAGCGGGCACGCGGUCUACGCCAGGGUGGGACGCCUCUGCGCGAACGACGUGGGCGGGCAGAGAAUCCUGGUGAACAAGUGGAGCACUCUGCUCAAGGCGAGGCUGGUGUGCUCGGUGCCGGGCGCGAAUGGGAUCGACACGUAUUUUGAUGAACUCGAGGAUGUGUUCUUACUACACACCAGAGACCAUAAAAACCCAGUGAUAUUUGGACUCUUCAACACCACCAGUAACAUCUUCAGAGGGCACGCCAUAUGUGUCUACCACAUGUCCAGCAUCCGGGCAGCCUUCAACGGGCCGUACGCACAUAAAGAAGGACCUGAGUACCACUGGUCCCUGUACGAGGGACGGGUUCCGUAUCCCAGACCUGGCUCUUGUGCCAGCCAAGUGAACGGAGGACGGUACGGAACCACGAAAGACUACCCCGAUGAUGCCAUCCGGUUUGCCAGAAGCCACCCUCUAAUGUACCAGCCCAUAAAGCCCGCCCACAAAAAGCCAAUUCUGGUGAGAACAGACGGGAAGUACAACCUGAAGCAGAUAGCAGUGGACCGAGUGGAAGCCGAGGACGGCCAGUAUGACGUCUUAUUUAUUGGGACAGACAAUGGAAUUGUACUGAAAGUCAUCACCAUUUACAACCAAGAAACAGAGUCAAUGGAAGAAGUAAUUCUAGAAGAACUUCAGAUAUUCAAGGAUCCAGUUCCUAUUAUCUCUAUGGAGAUCUCCGCAAAGAGACAGCAGCUGUACGUCGGAGCCUCGUCGGCCGUGGCACAGGUCCGAUUCCACCACUGCGACAUGUACGGCAGCGCCUGUGCCGACUGCUGCCUCGCUCGGGACCCGUACUGCGCCUGGGACGGCAUCGCCUGCUCCCGCUACUACCCGUCGGGCACGCACGCGAAAAGGCGGUUCCGCAGGCAAGAUGUGCGACACGGCAACGCAGCUCAGCAGUGCUUCGGUCAGCAGUUUGUGGGGGACGCACUGGACCAGACGGAAGAGCGCCUGGCCUACGGCAUAGAGAACAACAGCACGCUGCUGGAAUGCACGCCGCGGUCCCUGCAGGCCAAGGUCGUCUGGUUCGUGCAGAAAGGACACGAAACAAGAAAGGAGGAGGUGAAGACGGACGACAGAGUGGUCAAGAUGGAGCUCGGCCUGCUCUUCCUGCGCGUGCGCAAGUCGGACGCGGGCACCUACUUCUGCCAGGCGGUGGAGCACGGCUUUGUGCACACGGUGCGCAGGCUGGUGCUGCAGGUGGUGGACGAGCCGCGCGUGCAGAGCAUGUUCCGCAAGGAGCGCGAGGGGCCCGCGCCUGCCCGCACGCUGUGCCCCGCGCACACCACGGGAGGCGGCCAGCACGGAACCACGCCCUGGUACAAGGAAUUUCUGCAGCUGAUCGGCUACAGCAACUUCCAGCGAGUGGAAGAAUACUGCGAGAAAGUGUGGUGCAGUGACCGAAAGCGGAAAAAGCUGAAGGCGGCCUCCAGAUGGAAGCAGGCGCACCCGCAGGACAAGGCGCUGCGCCCCGGCUCCGAGCACUACCGCCUGCCCAGGCACGCGCGGGGCUCCUGACUUGGGGCGUCCCUGAGUGUGCAACCUUGAAAACACUUUCCGAGAGGAACCCCCAGCGUCUCUGCAUCACUCAGAUCUCUGUCCUGCAGACAGGACUGUGAGGGCAUUAAGUUAUUAAGCAUACUCCCUCGCCUGGACAACCCGCACCUUAAAUCCGCCUGCUUCCUUGAACAUCUGCGUUACUUCAUGGUUUCAUAGUCUAUUUAUCAAAAAACAAAAGAA